CACCAUGUGCACGCGGAAAUGUUCCAAGUGCAUUGGGAUCACUCUGUUCCCACUGGCAGCUUGCGCCAUAGUCUCCAACAUCCUCCUGUACUUCCCCAACGGACGAGUCCUGCAGCUCGGCGAGAUAACGGAUCUGGUCUGGUUUUUCCAUGGCAUUCUGGGAGCAGGGAUACUGGUUAUUUUGCCAGCAUUCAUGAUGCUGGGAGCAGGCGGAGCGAGAUGUUGCGCUAACAGAUGUGGGAUGCUGCUGUCAGUGGCCCUGGCUGUCCUGGGAUUCGUGGGAGGAGCAUAUUGUGCAGUCAUCUCCUCGCUGGGGCUGAUUGGGGGUCCCCUGUGUGACACUGGUGAUGGAGAAUACCUUUACCCUUUCAGGAACGACACUCUGGAAGACAAUUAUUUGUUCAAUCAGACAACAUGGAGCAUUUGCAAAGAACCUGAAAACAUCAUCCUUUGGAAUGUCGUCCUUUUCUCUGUUCUCCUGGUUAUUGGUGUGAUUGAAGCUAUUCUUUGUUUUAUUCAAGUCAUCAAUGGACUUACCAGCUUCGUAUGUGGUACAUGUAUGAGGAGAAGAAGAAAGACAAAUAUUUCUGGAAUGUGA